UGCUUGGUAGCUAAAACCAACGUUUAUAGAUGCUAGCUUCCAUGAACGUUGGCUAUAGAACAGCAUCGGCAGCAUCGGGCUGCUGUAUGUGCUGGCAGACCAAUCAAGGUACACGAUCGAACACUUCUUUAGAAUCGGCCCGAAACGAGUCCAGACAGGGACCUCCAGCGCGUAGUACGCAGCAUGAGAGGCAUUCGUUGAAAUGAACUGUCACUUCAACUGUAAUUUCAUAAGUUCAUUUGUGCGCUUGCAGCGAGAAUGCGCGCUGUCUACGUCAUCUUUCAACUUCGUGCUUAGGCAGCAAGUAAAUUCAGCUGCUUUGUCGUAUUCACAUGUUUAAAAUUUAUGUGUGCAAGGUUACUUGGACAUUGUCGUCACUCUUCUGCAUUCGAUAUACGAACACCGGGCCUUACCUAGCAGACGACACGGAACUUGCAAUUGCAGUCCUAAACUUGAUUAAAAUUUUAUUUGUGAAUAAUGUGUGUGUACGUUUAUACAGACUGAUACAUAUUUUAAAGUAAGAUAACUAGCUUUGCCAUAAAUUACAUGCAUGCACUAAAAAUAAACACUUGCUAGCGCCACUGUUGCUUUCUUACAUAAUCAAGUAGUCGCAGCAGUUCUGCAGGAACACUUUUGUUCUUGAGCUGUCGGUUUGCGUGCCUCAUUUGUUGGUGUGAUUGUGGUACCUGCAUGGCAAGCUGAUUUCGGCGACGCGCGGAAAUCAGUGUAGCAAGCGUUGCACGAUGAGCCAGGAGAAAGAGCGGAAGCGCCGUAAACUCUAUUUAGUCGAUGCGGACGCGCCCUUUGUUGUUCCACGCUCCACGCUAUGGUACAACAAGCAGCGGCCCAUCACGCCGAGCGCCUCGGCGGCACAGCCUUUGACUGACGCCCUACCCGACGACGCUGCAGACACCGCAGAUACUGCCAACUGCGAUGAAAAUCGCCAGCGAGGAAUCGGCGUAGCUGCUUCCAGCGCUGAUACUGACGACAGUGCCCUGGCAUACUUAAGCGACGCACAGCCGCCAAGAACCACAAGUGAAGCUGGCAUCACCAGUGACGACUUAUUCGACGAUGAGCAGACGGAAUUUGUGGAUGCCGUGAGCGAGAGUGGCUGCAGCGGUGAAGACAGUGACCAUACCGACGAAGAACGAAGUGACCCCGCCAAUGGGCCUGUGCCACAGUUCCAUGACACCGAGCUGCUAGCUCAAUGUGUCCGCCACUUCGGAAACAAAACACUGCCUUCUUCAUCAACAACACUGGCUGAGGCUGUUGUGUUGAUUAUGGCGUUUGUUGUGGCGCAUGGGCUCACUUGGUCGGCGGUUGAUGAUUUGUUAAAGUUGGUUGACGCUUUGUUUGGGCAUCGGCCAUCUGGUCUCCCACGCUCAAAAUACCUGUUUCGAAAGCUUUGGGCUCCCAAAUGUGAACAGAUAGCCCAGAGACAUUACUAUUGCGAACUGUGUAUGUCGCUUCUUGAGAUGAGUGAGAACAAGAGGAGUCUCCACUGCACUAUAUGCCAGCUAUCAUACGAUGUGAGUGAGGUGAAGAAGAAAGGGUGCUUCUUUGCUAUUAUGGACAUAAAAGAACAGCUUCAACACAUAAUAGCAAGAGUCAAGGAGCUCCUUUUCAGCAGUCUAUCAAUGCUACGAGACGAACAAAGUUCAGGAAAUGUAGUGACGACAGACAUUGCAAAUGGGGCAAUUUGUAAAGGACUCCGCCAAAUGGGUCUUAUGAAAUGGAGUGACUUAACAUUAACUGUGAAUACAGAUGGGAGCCCAUUGUACAAGUCCUCCAAUGCCUCCAUUUGGCCCAUUCAAUUGUCGAUCAACGAGCUUCCGCAGCCCCAUCGAAAUGCAAAUACCUUCCUCGCCGGCUUGUGGUUUGGGCGGAAACACCCUGAUAUGGCUCUUUUUAUUGGGAAGUUUGUGAAAGCCUUACAGAUGGUUGGGGAGAUUGUGUGGCAGCAUGGUGCUGUGGACCUGAUCUCCAGAGUAUACCUAGCUUGUGUCUGCGUUGAUGCCCCUGCCAGAGCAGCUGUUGGAAACCAGACACAGUUCAAUGGCUGCUUUGGUUGCCCAUGGUGCCUAGCAUGUGGAACACUGCAAGAAGGACGUCGUCUCUACAUCAACUCGGAGCCGCCUGCACCAGAGAGGACAGCAGCAGGCAUACGCAGGGACAUGAAACUUGCCAUGGAGCUGCAGACUCCAGUCAAUGGACUGAAAGGGCCAUCAGCUUUCUGGCCUUUGCAGUACCUGGAUCUUGUCGAGUGCUACACUGUGGAGUACAUGCAUUGUGUGUUACUUGGGGUGACCAGGCAGUUCACGGAGUAUUGGUUCGAUUCCUCUCACUGCCACGAAAAGUUCUACAUAGACUGCCAGAGCAUCAACUAG